AUGGACGGACAAGCCGUGGCCGGCGGCGCAUUGCGGGCGGCUCUCAGCUACUGGUCCGAGUUUGUCGAACGUUGCAUCGCCCAGCGCCUCGAGACGGAUCGCUUCGAGGCCUUUGUCAAACUCGUCCAUCCCAAGCAUCCGCUGCCGCCCUCUGCCAUCGCCGACUUCUUCCUCCGGCCGCAGCCCUCCAACCACGACAGCCUCGACCCGCGCAUUCCCCCCUACCUCCAGGUUCUCACCCAGCUGGGCUACGUCGACACGCCCUCUAUCCUGAAGGCGCUAUUCAAGUACUCGUCCUCUCAUGCGCAGGCAAAGUCGCAGCCACAGGGUCAACCGCAGGCCGACGAUUCUGAAGAAAACAAAGACAAGGAGAAGGCCGCUAGGACGUCCAUUAUCCGAUGGGAGAGCUCAUACUGGGCCGAGGAGGUCAUUUUCUACAGCCUCACCAAGUCCGUUGUCCAAGGCAAGGCCAUCCCGGACUCAAGGACAGCCUUGGAGGUAGUCAAGGUCAUUUCUAAGUGGAUGGCCCUAUUUACAUCAGCGUCAACAGCGUUUGCGGCGGAUGUCAUGGAGCAUCUGGCGACUUCCAAGGCCCGAGGUGAUAUGGAGUCUGCGCGCGCUGCCCUGGUAGCUCUGCUUCUGCGUCUCUGCGAAAACGAAAUUCUUGUGAAAGCUGUUAGCAAGCCAUUUGCUAAAGACAUUCGAAAAGAGCUCUCGGCAAGCCUAGCCAGCUUUGUGCCAACCUUGCAGCUUGUCCCCGAACUCACCGAGAAGCUGGAACUCUUCCGAACGGAAACCCUCGCCAACCUCGAUCCCGGUGACAAGAAGAGCCAGGUCACCAACACCGCUAUGGAUGACCUCCUUGAGUCCACAGUUGGCCUCGAAAACUUCGCCGUGGCUGAGAUCCCCAUCACCAACACUCGAGCAGGACUGUACAUCUACCUCAAUGCUUCUCUUUCAGCACGGCCUUUGAUAGACGAUAAUGCGCUUUUCUCAUACAUGAACAACAGAUAUCAGGGAGACGUCCAAUCUAGUGCCAUUGACCUAAUCUUGGCUUCUUUUGACGUCCUGGCCAACGCCGUAUUCCGCAACGAGGGACAAAAGGACGCCCAUCUCCUUCGAUCAUACCUGAUUAACAAAGUUCCCCUGCUUCUGUAUCAGCUUUGCCCUCCUGAAUUCUCUGGUACAUCGGCCGAGUCUUUCAUCACCCAGGCCCUUAGCCACGUGGAUACUAGCAUAUUCCCCACAGCCUCGCUGAUGUUUGACGAGUCUCGGAACAAUAACCCAUACACCGAGAGUGUUAGAGAGGAAUUCUGUGCUGCAUGCGUCCUCCACGGGCUGGUGCAACGGGAGCAUGUAGAGAGGAUCCUCGGAGAGAUUUCCAUGUCUUACGAGCCAUCCCUAGAAAAAUACUCCAAGGACAAGCUGGUACAAAACUGCCUCUCCGACACUGAGAAGAUCCAGGGAUUGGUUCGUGAGCUCGACAAGAUGGACGGCAAUGUCGGUGCAGUUUGCCAGGCACUCAUUGAGGUUUUGCGCCAAUUGUGCAACAGCAAAGAGACUAUGUCUCUCAAGAUUCUUUGCGGGCAAUUGGCUCAGAAGCCCUUGUCCCUGGAUGUGAUAUUGUUAUUUGAGAAGCUGCCGACGAUUCUGGAACCACUGUGCACGCUGUUGGACAACUGGUCAGACGAGGAGGAUCAAGGCGAGUACCAGCCGGUGUACGAAGAGUUCGGGUCUAUUCUCCUCCUGGUUCUGGCUUUCGCAUACCGCUAUAACCUGACGGCGGCAGAUAUGGGAAUCCAGUCUCAAGAUUCAUGCGUGGCCAAGAUUCUGGCCCGAGGCCACAUCAGCCGGCAAAACGAUGAACUGACGGAGCAAGAGAAUGUUCACAUGAAUGGAUGGAUCCACGGUCUCUUUGACACGGAAGGCGGUGGCCUUAGCGACGAGUUGAUGUCGUCUUGCCCGCCACAGGACUUUUACCUCCUAGUGGCGCCUCUGUUCCAAAACAUGGUGGUGGCAUAUACGCACGGAUAUCUCAACGACGAGAGCCUUAAGGGAGGCAUCGAAUACUUGGUGGAUACCUUCUUGUUGCCAUCCCUGGUGCCGGCCAUCCGGUUCUUGGGAGACUACCUCUGGGUUGACCAAAAGGAGCAAAAGUCGAUCAUCAAGAUCCUACAACUGAUUCUUCUGCCUAGCUCUAUCUCAGGCGAAGCAAGCACGAUGCUCUCAUCAGUCAAGAACCUCGUCGCAAAGCCGUUGGAGCACGCGCUUCGCAUGUACCAACGCCGGGAUCCCAGGAAUGAGGAUAUUGAGCCGCUCCUCAGAGUGCUGAAAGACAGCAUACCACUGUCACGGCGUACAGGAGGUGCAGACCACAACGAGCUCGAGUCUUGGACCACGACCCCCAGCAGCGGGCUUACUAGUGCGAUCAAGCACACGGUUCAGGGGCUUACCCAGUGGAGUAUGCACCCGGAGAUGAACAUGCCAACCUCGUACACUCAUCGACAGGUGCUGGUUGGGCUCCAAUUCCUAGGUCCCAAGAGGCUCCUUCGUGCGCUGUUGGAGGAAGUGAGACAGCAGUCUGAGGCCGGAAGUGCCAGUUUGGUGUACGACGUGACCACAGCCAUCAUUUGUGCACCGGAUGUAGUGAAGGAUAGCCAUGGCAACAUCGGUAUGCUUGACGCGAAUGGCAAUAUGCCUCCGCCGAUGCAGCGUCGGCGAACCCUUCGAGAGCUCCUCAAGGCUGCUGCUGAAGACUGCAAGAAGAUCCAGAAGAAGGACCCGAUGUUGGCUGAGAUCGUUGUGCGCCUUCACCGACGAGUCGAGGCGCAGAUGGUGAUGCCACAGGCGCAAGCAAUGCUCCAGGCUGCAGACAUGUCGCUCACCCUGAACGACGAAACGACGGCCCUUGGAGAUGCAAUGGCUGCUGCGGCCGGUGUCCAGGCCGAUGGCAUGUCGACGGACACCAUGGGCUUGGACAUGAGUAUGGCUGGCGUAGGAUCAGACUUGGGUCUUGGCGGAUCGGUCGUCAGCGGAGGCGGCCUGGAUACGUCGGGAGACGCAGACCUGUUUGGUGGCCUCGAUACGGCCGACAUGGUCGACUUUGAGUGGGAA